AUGUUUUUGGGGAUAUUUGCUACUCUAGACAUUCUUAACGAACAGAGUUAUGAUGAAAGUUUGUGUUAUAAUCAUAGAAUAUCAUUUAAUUAUAUUCAUCAUAUUGGACAAUAUAUAUUGAGUGAUCUUGCUGGUAUUUAUACAUGUGGUCUUUUAAAUGGAACAUUAAUUAUAAAUAAUGUUUUACAUGAUAUUUAUGGAUAUUUUUUGUAUGAUUGGGGUCUUUAUUUAGCUGAUGGAACUUCACAAUUAAUGAUAACAAAUACAAUUGUUUAUAAUACAGGUUCAGCUGCUUUAACUAUGAUUUAUGGUUUUAAUAAUACAUUUCAAAAUAAUAUUCUUGCUCGAUCAAGUAAUCAAAGUGAUGGUGCUCUUUCAUUAUAUCGUCGUGAAUCACCUAAUCAUUUAUCAUUUACUUUUCGACAUAAUAUUAUUUAUGAUAUUGUGAAUGAAAGUGGACGUUGGAUAUUUCAAGUUCAAGCACCAGAUCCAUUUUCAUCACCUUUUGUAAUUAUGGAUUAUAAUUGUUAUUUUAAUACGUAUGGAAAUAUGAUGAUUUUUGGUCUUGGAAGACUUGUUUUUAGUGAAUGGCAAGAAACGAAUCAUGAUAUGAAUAGUUUCAUAACAGAUCCACUUUUUAUUCAUGCUGAAAGUCAAUGUAAUUUUUUUAAUAUUAGUAUUGAUAGUCCAGCUGUGAAAAACCUAGGUUUUAUACCAAUUAAACAAUUAUUUCAAUGGAAAUCUGGAUGUUAA